GGGAAGUGGUAUUGAUUCCCACUUGGGCUUCCUGUACCCCACAGUCUCAAUUCUUCUCCAGCAUCUAGAGGCUGUUCAUUGCACCAAGACAUCUUUGGGGAUACUUAUUGUGGGUUCAGGGUGGGGUGCAGAGGAGGACGCUGCAGAGGCGCGGACUGCAGGGGGCAACCUGUGAAGCUGCUCCCCCGGUGUGUCCUCGCCCCUGGACACGCGGAAGGGGACCGCUGCAGUUUUACGGUCCUAUAGUGAUUGCCCACGUUUCAGUAAUUUUUCGAAGACAUAUAGCUCCCAGGUAAAGUGAGGCUCAAGUACUGCCUUGGUCCACGAUGGCUAGGGAAUCGAAGGAAAGCGCAGCUUUGGACGCCCAGUCUGCAGAGGACCGGACGGGGAUCCUGACCGUGAAGGUGGAAAAAGAGGACGCCUCCCUCUUGGCUGCAGAGGCGCGCGCCCCAGGCAGCCCGGCUCCGAGCCCCGAGCACUCCCGCCAGCGCUUCCGAGGCUUCCGCUACCCGGAGGCUGAGGGGCCCCGCGAGGCGCUGAGCAGACUUCGGGAGCUCUGCCGACUGUGGCUGCGGCCUGAGACGCACAGCAAGGAGCAGAUGCUGGAGCUGUUGGUGCUGGAGCAGUUCCUGACCAUCCUGCCGACGGACCUGCAGAGCUGGGUGCGGGAGCAGCAUCCAGAGAGCGGGGAGGAGGUGGUGGCGCUCUUGGAGUAUCUGGAGAGGCAGCCGGAUGGGCCGAUGCCGCAGGUCCCAGGUGGUGGCCAGGAGCAAGAACUGCUCUGUUGCAAGAUGGCAGUGUUGACACCCAUUCAGAGGCCACAAAAUAUCCAAUUCCAGCCAGUGAAGGCUCUGCUCAAGCGUGAAUCUCUGGGAUCCAGUCCAGACAGAGUUCUCCAGGUUCCAAGGCUUGCCCCUGGGGGGCGCUGCAGAGAAGAUGCCGUGAUAGCCACCAGGUUCGCCCCAGGGUCCCAGGGGCCAUUUAAAAUGGAAGAUGUGGCACUGACUGUUUCCCCUGGAUGGACACAGCUGGAUUCAUCUCAGGUGAACUUGUAUGGAGAUAAAAGGCAAGAGAACCAUGGCAGCCUGACCUCCUUGGGUGGUGUGGUGCAACCGAAGAUCAGAGAGCUGCCUCCAGAUGAGGAUCCUCCAACACAGGAGCCUGUGCAGAUACCAUGCCACCUGGGUGAAGCCACUGGCCAGAUUCCUGCUUGUGCAGAAGGUGGUGAACAGGAGGGCAGGUUACAAAGAAAGAAAACUGCCUCAGGAAACAGGCGGCACUAUUGCCAUGAAUGUGGAAAGACUUUUGCUCAGAGUUCAGGCCUGACUAAGCACAGGAGAAUCCACACUGGGGAGAAACCCUAUGAAUGUGAGGACUGUGGCAAGACCUUCAUCGGAAGCUCUGCUCUCGUCAUUCAUCAGAGAGUUCACACUGGUGAGAAGCCAUAUGAAUGUGAAGAAUGUGGCAAGGUCUUCAGUCACAGUUCAAACCUUAUCAAACACCAGAGAACUCACACUGGGGAGAAGCCCUACGAGUGUGAUGACUGUGGGAAAACAUUUAGCCAGAGCUGCAGCCUCCUUGAACAUCACAAAAUCCAUACCGGGGAGAAGCCUUACCAGUGCAACAUGUGUGGUAAAGCCUUUAGGCGGAAUUCACAUCUUCUGAGACAUCAGAGGAUCCAUGGCAAUAAAAACCUUCAGAAUCCUGACCCUGGACAGACCUGGGAGAGUCAGGAGAGGAAGGAAAGCCAGUGGGAAAAUGUUGAGGCUCCUAUGUCUUAUAAAUGUAAUGAGUGUGAGAGAAGUUUCACUAGGAAUAGAAGCCUUAUUGAGCAUCAGAAAAUCCACACGGGUGAGAAACCCUUUCAGUGUGAUACAUGUGGAAAAGGCUUCACCCGAACUUCAUACCUUAUUCAACAUCAGAGAAGCCACGUUGGGAAAAAAAUUCUAUCUCCGUGACCCAUGUCUUACAUGCCAGAGUUGAUGUUCCUUCCUCAUUGAACUGAAGCCACCCUGGAACCCUUGCUGACUAGAAAACUGAGCUGAGCUUUAUUUCCCACCACAUAUCAUCAGGUGUUUGUUAGAAAAGAGAGUCUGAGAUGAAUUCUCUUCUACAACCUAGAAGGUGAUUGAAAAAAAACUUGUUUGAUAGGAAGCUAUGGGAGCAUUGUCUGGAAGAGGUUGGACCUGAAAUAGUUCUCACCUUUUAGACUUAAAUGGGCUUCCAGGCUGUCUAAUUAAUCACUCUCAGCCAGCAUUUUAUGAUGUCUUCUGGGUGGAUGGCUCUCUGAUUUGGGGGGCUGGUGUUCUGACUGCUCAUUUUGCAUAUAAUUAAUCCCUCACCUGUUGGUUGGAUCAGUGAUGUCUUAUCCCCACCCCACUGUGCCUUGUAUACAGGUGCUAUAAACAUUUAUUAAAUAUACCAGUGAAACGACCUUCAUAGCUCUGAAAAUCUAAUGUCUGCAUUGCUGAUGACUUUUUAAGGCCAUUUGUGCUUGUCUAAUUCUCUGAGGGUCUAGAUUCUGGGUCAGUCUAGUAUAUUUAUUGCCAAGUACGUAAGAUUGUCAGAGUUGGAGUAGUGUGUGUGUGUGUGUUAGUCACUCAGUCAUGUCCGGCUCUUUGCGACACCAUGGACUGUAGCCUGCCAGGCUCCUGUGCCCAUGGGAUUCUCCAGGCAAGAAUACUGGAGUGGGUUGUCAUUCCCUUCUCCAGGGGAUCUUCCCAACCAAGGGAUUAAACCUGGGUCUCCUGUAUUGCAGGCAGAUUCUUUACCGUCUGAGAGUUGGGGUAGAGGAAUCUAUAUUUCUUCACCAGCAUAGGAGUUAUAGUAAGAAUGCCUUAAACAGCUUCUUUAUCAUUAAGACAUUGUGAGACUGUUGCAUCCAUACAACUCCAGUCUGUAGUCAGCAUUAACGACAUUAGUUCAUAUUAAUUGUGCUAUUCUUUAGGGAAAACCUUUCACAUUCAGGUACAUAAAAAACAAUUGAUCAAGUCAGAUCAAAAUGGUUAUGUAUCUUGAUAUAAAUCCUACGAUGCUCAACAGCUUGUUUCUCACUUUUUGGUUAUCUUGGACCUAACCAAGAUAAGACAAUUGAUAUCCCUCUUUCCCAACUUAGACCCCAUGGUGCAUCAAGGCUUAUGCCAGCUAGGCUUAAACUUCUUCCAGGCUAGAGGAUUCACACCAGAUAUUUAUAACAAGUAUCAUUCAUGUUUUCAAAACUGCCCUGUGGUUGGGGAGAGGAAGACUGGGUCAGAGGCAGCCAACGAUGAUAGAGACCUGAAUAUGGUUGGUAGGAGAAAAUGUAUCUUUUUGGAAACACAUUGGGAGUCCUGGGAUCUGACAGAAAUGAUUCCACAAUGUCCAAAGUAUCAACCUGUGAAGUCAAGGCUGUCAAUAAGAAUUUCUUGGUAUCUCCUGAUUUCACUCAAAUCACCUUCUUUGAAGCUUUUCAAAGACCAAUACCAUCUUCAUAGGUGCGAGUGCCCUCUCCCCAGCUUCCAGCUUUACCAGAUUAUGCCAAGAAUGGAUUCUGCUUUGAUGAAAUCCUGGACCAAUUUUGUUCAGUCACCAGCAGAACGUUUUCUGUUCUCCAGUCCCUUGCUGGAUUCCUGCUCUGAAGAACCCCAGGCUGAAUAGGGACUUUGCAAACUGUAGGCCUCUCCCAAUCUCACUUCCCUUGGGUCUUUCAUUGCCUUCAUUAUUCCCUCAUUGGAGUAUAAUUUAAAACUAGUUUUCUAAGAACCUGCAGACUUUCUCCAGUUAACCUUUUCUAGCCUGUAAAAUUUUCCUUUUAUAUUAACUGUAUUUUGGGUACCUCCAUAAAGCUUACCAUUUCCUCUUCUCUCCUUACCUUUAUUUUUCCUAAAUGUUUGUUAAUAGCCCUUAUAUUAAACACUGUUCUUUUUUUUUUUUUUUUUGGUAUUUGUGUCUUAUGUCAUGUGAAGAGAUAUACAUGAGAACCUUUUACAAACCAGAAAGCAUUAUACACUUACUCAAUGAGUAUUAUCUAUUGAGAUUAACAAAGGACCACUGUGCCUCCUUUCACUCUUUCUGCUCCUUCUGAAGCUAAAAAUCUUCUCCAUGGAGGAUGGGAGGAUUGUAGAAGAAUACUUUUCAGUGCCUGCUGUGCCUGACAAUGAAGGGGAUAAAGCAUAGACACACACAUGGAUGCAUACUUGGGCUUAGACUUUCAGUAUAAUAACAUUGAUAAGACUUACACAUAAAAAUAAGACAGUGCCAGAGUUGGGACUCCAUGCUUCCACUGCUAGGUGCAUGGCUUCAAUCCCUGGUUGAGGACUUAAGAUCCUGCAUGCCAUGCAGUACAGCCAAAAAAAAAAAAUUGUUUUUUAAAUAAGGCAAUAUCCUGAUCAGUGACUUGUGAAUGAUGAACUGAAUACUGUGAAAGUUCAGAGGAGAGAAAUGUUACUUCUGCUGUGUGCUAUUUUUAUUACACUGACAGGCUGAUACAAUAGCUGCAGAGACUAAAGGAGUUACCAGAUUUAGUAACUAAGGCAAGUUUGAAGAAGUAGUGCAUUGUAAGGGCCUUCAGUGCCAGAGCAAGGGGCUGAAAUUUUAUUCAGUAGCACUGACAUUUUUAUGAUAAAAAUAUUUAGGAAGCUGUCUGGCACUAUUGUAUGAUUUCAGAUUAAAAAAUUAUUUUUCUGAUAGGCUUUUGGACACCCCACUUUCAUAUAUAACAGAUGUGUGUUUAUAAAUAAGUGAAUUAUAAAAUGGGUUUUAACUCUAGCCAAUUUAAAAGGAUGGUCAAAAAAUUAUUUUCAGAUCAAAAUUAGACCCACUAAAAGAAUCUACUUAGUUAAGAUAUAAUCAGUAUAUAAAGUGAAAUAAAAUAUCACUUUUCAUGUUUUAAAAAAUUGUUUCUAGGAAUUUUAGUAUCAGCUGGCCAUUCACUUCUCCAACUGAAGCAAUGCUGAAAUCCACCAUUUUAUUUUUCCUUCCAUUUCAUGAG